UUGAGGUUCAGGAACCGUGGCUGGCGCUAGUCCCAGGCGUUGUGGCAACGGAGUCCCCGCCUCUUCCCGACGUGCCGUGCGGCUCGGGGGCCGAACCCGGAAGUUCCGGGCCGAGUUCUUGGUGCCAACGAGUCUUGUAAGGUGCGGCUAGGAACUGAGGACAUGGCAGCGCCUGGCCCAGCGCUCUGCCUCUUCGACGUGGAUGGGACCCUCACCGCCCCGCGGCAGAAAAUUACCAAAGAAAUGGAUGAUUUCCUGCAAAAAUUGAGGCAGAAGAUCAAAAUCGGAGUGGUAGGCGGUUCGGACUUUGAGAAAGUGCAGGAGCAACUGGGAAAUGAUGUGGUUGAAAAAUACGAUUAUGUGUUUCCAGAAAAUGGCUUGGUAGCAUACAAAGAUGGGAAACUCUUGUGUAAACAGAAUAUUCAAAGUCAUCUGGGUGAGGCCCUAAUCCAAGAUUUAAUCAACUACUGUCUGAGCUACAUUGCGAAAAUUAAACUCCCGAAGAAGAGGGGUACUUUCAUUGAAUUCCGAAAUGGGAUGUUAAACGUGUCCCCUAUUGGAAGAAGCUGCAGCCAAGAAGAACGCAUUGAGUUCUACGAACUCGAUAAAAAAGAAAAUAUAAGACAAAAGUUUGUAGCAGAUCUACGGAAAGAGUUUGCAGGAAAAGGCCUCACGUUUUCCAUAGGAGGCCAGAUCAGCUUUGAUGUCUUUCCUGAUGGAUGGGACAAGAGGUAUUGCCUGCGACAUGUGGAAAAUGACGGUUAUAAGACCAUUUAUUUCUUUGGAGACAAAACCAUGCCAGCAGAAUCUCGCUCUGUCGCCCUGGCUGGAGUGCAGUGGCACCAUCUUGGCUCACUGCAACCUCCACCUCCCUGGUUGAAGUGAUUCUCGUGCCUCAGUCUCCCGAUUAGUAGCUUGGAUUACAGGAGCCUGCCACCACACCCGGCUAAUUUUUGUAUUUUUAGUAGAGACAGGGAUUUGCCAUGUUGGCCAGGCUGGUCUCGAACUCCUGGCCUCAAGAGAUUCACCUGCCUUGGCCUCCUAAAUUGCUGAGAUUACAGGCAUGAGUCACCAUGCCCGGUCAGAAUAUACUCCAUUUUCUUGAUCCAUUCUUCUGUCAGUAGACAUGAGUUGUUUCCAUAUCUUGGCCAUUAUGAAUAAUGCUUCAGUGAACAUGGGGGUGCAGAUAUCUCUUUGAGAUCCUGACUUCGUCCUUUUGGCCAUCUACCCGUGGAUUAAAGACUUAAACACAGGACCUGAAACUGUAAAACUCCAAGAAAAAAAAUAGGGAAAAAGCAAUGAUCUUUUGGAUGUGACGCCAAAAGCACAGGCAACAAAAGCAAAACAAACAAGUUGGACAACGUCAAACUAAAAAGUGUCUGCACAGCAAGGGAAAUAAUCAAAUGAAAAAGCAACCUACAGAGGGGAAGAGAAUAUUUGCAAACCAUGUAUCUGAUAAAAGGGCUAGUAUCCAAAAUGUAUAAGAAACUCCAACAACUCAAUGGCAAUUUAAAAAAUGAGCAAAGGACUUGAAUAGACAGUUCUCCAAAGACAUGCAGGUGGCCAGUGGGUAUAUAAAAAAAGGCUCAACGUCAGUGUUCAGGGAAAUGCAAAUCAAAACCACAAUGAGAUAAACCUCACACCUACCAGGGUGGCUAUUUUAUUUUAUUUUAUGUUAUUUUGAGACGGAGUUUUGCUCUGUCACCCAGGCUGGAGUGCAGUGAUGCGAUCUUGGCUCACUGCAACCUCUGCCUCCUGGGUUCAAGCUAUUCUUAUACCUCAGCCUCCCGAGUAGCUGGGAUUACAGGCGCCUACCACCAUGCCCAGCUAAUUUUGUAUUUUUAGUAGAGACGGGGUUUCACCAUGUUAGCCAGCCUGGUCUCGAACUCAUGACCUGAAGUGAUCCGCCCACCUCCACCUCCCAAAGUGCUAGGCUUACAGGUGUGAGCCAGCAUACUGGGCCAGGAUGGCUAAUUUUUUUUUUUUUUUAAUGUUGGCGGCCAGGUGCGGUGGCUCAUGCCUAUAAUCCCAGCACUUUGGGAGGCCAAGGGGGGCAGAUCACCUGAGGUCAGGAGUUCCGAGACCAGCCUGACCAACAUGGAGAAAAUUAGCUGGGCGUGGUGGUGCGCACCUGUCAUCCCAGCUACUUGGGAGGCUGAGGCAGGAGAAUUGCUUGAACCCGGGAGGCAGAGGUUGCAGUGAGCUGAGAUCGCGCCAUUGUACUCCAGCCUGGGCAACAAGAGCGAGACUCGGUCUCAAAAAGAUAAAAUAAAAUAAAAUAAAUGUCGGCAAGGGUGUGGAGAAAUUAGAACCCUUGUACACUGUUGUGGGAAAUGUUAAACGUCAUAGCUAUGAUGGAGAACUAUAUAGUGGUUCCUCAAAUUAAAAGUAGAACUGCCAUAUGAUCCAGCAGUCCCACUUACAGAUAUAUAUCCAAAAUAAUUGAAAUCAGGAUCUCAAAGAGAUACCUGCUGUUUAAAAUAAAAUAAAAUAAAAUAAAAUAAAGACAGUGUCUUGCUGUGU